GGAGCUCCCGGUGUGACAGCGGCGAACUCCGGGCUUUGCUGAGGCUCGGGGAGAGGACCAGUCGGGCUGGACAGCGUGUCCUUCCACUGGCUUUUCUCCCUCGCCGCGCGCAGCGCUACCAACCUACCAGACUCUCCUCCAGCUGUCCAGCACAUCACUUCCUGGCCGUGGCCAGGCUGCCCACUUCUAGGCUUGGGAGGUUUCAGUGGCUUAAAAAGAAAAACAGAAAACAAACAAAAACUUGUUUGAGAGGAGGGGGUGUGGCAGGGAAGGAUGCGAAACGGGGUUCUCCUGCUCUACCUCUGGAGCGCCUAUUGUUGCUUCCCGGCGGGAAGUCUCACAACCUUAAGUCCCCAGGGGUCGCUGCGAGAUGAACACCAUAAACCCACUAGAGUACCUGCUACCCUCAAACCCUCUGUGGCUUUUACCAUCCACACUUCCAAGGACCCAGAGCACCAAGGGUGCAAUCUCUCCCUUGGUGACAACCAACUCUUGGAAGACUGUGGCUUCAACAUGACAGCCAAAACCUUUUUCGUCAUUCAUGGAUGGACGAUGAGUGGCAUAUUGGAAAAAUGGCUGUAUAAACUUGUGUCAGCCCUGCAAACAAGAGAGAAAGAAGCUAAUGUAGUGGUGGUUGAUUGGCUGCCCCUGGCUCACCAGCUGUACAUAGAUGCAGUCAACAACACCAGGGUGGUGGGACAAAGGGUGGCUGCGAUGCUUGACUGGUUGCAGGAGAAGGAAGAAUUUUCUCUUGGGAAUGUUCACUUGAUUGGCUACAGCCUUGGAGCGCAUGUGGCUGGAUAUGCUGGCAACUUUGUGAAUGGAACAGUGGGCAGAAUAACUGGUCUGGAUCCUGCAGGACCCAUGUUUGAAGGGGUGGACAUCAACAGAAGGCUCUCUCCUGAUGAUGCAGACUUUGUGGAUGUCCUGCACACCUACACACUCUCCUUUGGCUUGAGCAUUGGGAUUCGGAUGCCUGUGGGUCACAUUGACAUCUAUCCCAAUGGCGGUGACUUCCAGCCAGGCUGUGGCUUCAAUGACAUCUUGGGAUCUAUUGCAUAUGGAACAAUCACAGAGGUGGUGAAAUGUGAGCAUGAACGAGCCGUACAUCUCUUUGUUGAUUCUCUGGUGAAUCAGGACAAGCCGAGCUUUGCGUUCCAGUGUACGGACUCAAAUCGUUUCAAAAAGGGGAUCUGUCUCAGCUGUCGGAAGAACCGUUGUAAUAGCAUUGGCUACAACGCUAAGAAGAUGAGGAAGAAGAGGAAUAGCAAAAUGUACUUAAAAACCCGGGCUGGCAUGCCUUUCAGAGUUUACCAUUAUCAGAUGAAAUUCCACAUCUUCAGUUACAAGAACACUGGAGGCAUCCAGCCCACCUUCUAUAUUACCCUGUAUGGCAGCAAUGCAGACUCCCAGAAUCUGCCUUUGGAAGUAGUGGACAGCAUCGGGCUGAACGCCACCAACACCUUCCUGAUCUACACUGAGGAGGACUUGGGUGACCUCUUGAGGCUCAGACUUUCCUGGGAGGGGAUAUCUCAUUCCUGGUACAAUCUGUGGAAUGAGUUCCGCAGCUACCUGUAUCAACCCAGCAACCCCUCAAGGGAGCUGCACGUGCGAAGAAUUCGUAUCAAGUCUGGGGAAACUCAGCGCAAAGUGACAUUUUGUGCUCAAGACCCUAAGAAGACUAGCAUCUCUCCCGGCCAAGAGCUGUGGUUUUACAAGUGCCGGGAUGGCUGGAGAAUGAAAAAUGAAACCAGUCCUUUUGUGGAGCUGCCCUGAGGGCCCAGGAAGUCCUGAAGCCUGCACCCACUCAUACCCGACUGACUGUGCACAUGGAGCAAAGUUACUGCUGAAGACCCACUUGAUAGAAGACCUCAGCCUCGGAGCCCUGGGAGGAGCUUACUCGUUGGGCUCAGCUUGUUUCCCCUGAUAGCCAUGACUUCUCCCAGAGAGGCCUGUGCCCUGCUGAAGCCUUAGUGAGGAUCUUAACUCCAAACUUCCUUUGACCCCUCAGGAAGCUGUGUGUGAGCACUGGAAUGUCCAGAGCCCUGGUGCACCAUGGGCCACUGUCACUGCUGCUUGGUGCGCCCUGGAUUUGUCUAACCACAGGGAACACAGGCUCUAAAGUGGCCCUGUGUGGCAGCUGCUUACACUCACUGAACUGUAGUCUUUCUCUCAAGAGCUGACUCCUACCCCAGUGACAGACCUGUUACCUAGAGAAGGGACAUUAGAUCAGGCUGGUGCUAAUGUUCUUUUGUCCUCCUCUGUGAGACUGAUGGAUCCUGGUUCUAACUAGGUAUCCCAUCA